AUGACAACAGCAACUCCUUUACAACCUGGCUCUAAUGAAUAUGUGACAGUUCAAUCGAAAUUUACUUCCAAGAUGGCUGGAAAAUACAAUAUACAGAUACAUUCAAUAAUUAAAGUAGAAGUGCCUAAGCAUAUUACAAAUAAUCAUGAAAUUUAUAAAAAAAAUAAUCCAGGACUCCGCUGUGACCAAUAUUUUCAUGGCACAAAGCAUGCCUGUGCGAUUAGAAACUUAAAUAGCUCAAAAAUUUGUCAAAACGCAGUUUGUUGUGUGUGCGGCAUAAUCCGAACAGGUUUUAGAUUGAACAACAGUCGCGUUUGGUUUUCGCCUGACGCAUGGUACUCUCAUGGAUAUACCAACGUUGGUAUAGAUUCGUCAAGGGCUAUGUUUAUCAUUGAUGUCGUAGGCGCAUCAUAUUCAUCAGGUAGCGAGUAUACCGUUGCCCGUGCGGAGGCAAUUAUACCACGUUAUCUAAUCGUUUACUCAGGUUAA